UUUAAUUUCAAAAAUAUGAAUUCGUGUCAAGUGAUAAGUGGUGCCACACAAUAUUCAAUCAAGGUUGUUCUGUUGGUUUGUGUUUAUUUUUGUGGGAAUUCUUUUGUUAAAAUGGUUAAUGCGGAUUCAACUGUUAAUUUAGCUUCCGAAAAUGAAGUAUCUCAUAUAGGUGAUGAUUGCCAAGUAACUCCAGUAAUACACGUCUUACAAUAUCCUGGUUGUGUUCCAAAGCCAAUACCAUCUUUUGCUUGUGUCGGUCGCUGUGCCAGUUACCUUCAGGUUUCCGGAAGUAAAAUAUGGCAAAUGGAGCGUUCUUGUAUGUGUUGUCAAGAAUCUGGCGAACGUGAAGCAGCAGUUUCAUUAUUUUGUCCAAAAGCUAAAAAUGGAGAGCGAAAAUUUAAAAAGGUUUUAACAAAAGCACCUUUGGAAUGCAUGUGUCGGCCAUGUUCAUCGGUAGAAGAAUCUGGUAUUGUUCCACAAGAAAUAGCAGGAUAUUCAGACGAAGGACCACUUAAUAAUCAUUUUAGACGAACAAAUUUCCAAUAAAUUAUUUGUUAAAUAUUUUUGCAUUUGCAUUCUGCCUGAAAAAAUAACAUGAUGCAUAAAUGUGUUGUUUAAAUUUAACCUUUUUUGUUUUGAAUAAAUUCGUUAUGAUAACGUUCGAAAACUUUA